UUGAGGCAACACUUAUAAAUCAAUUGUAUACCAAAGAAAUAAGGUAGUAGAUUAUAUUGAAGUGAGGGUGUUUUAGCCUAAAUGUCUACUACUUCUUCAUCUAUUAACGGGUGGAAUCUCACCUCUUUCACUUCUACCCGUUCACAAUUGAAGAAAACAGCCACUUUAAGGCCAACUUUCUUUGCUAACAACAAGCUCAACUCUUCUUCACCUGUUCCCCCUGCCCUUAUUAGAAACGAGCCUGUUUUUGCUGCUCCUACCCCUAUCAUCACCCCAACUUUGAAAGAAGAUAUGGCAUAUGAAGAAUCCAUUGCUGCUCUUAAAAGGCUCCUAAUCGAGAACGGUGAGCUUGAAAAUGAGGCAGCAGCAAAAGUUGCGCAGAUAACAGCUGAGUUAAAAACCGCCGACUCCAAACCAGUGGCGUCUGAGCCGGUUGAGAGAAUUAAGCAAGGGUUUAUCCAUUUCAAGAGAGAGAAAUACGAGAAAAACCCAGCAUUAUAUGGUGAACUAGCCAAGGGCCAAAGUCCCAAGUUUAUGGUGUUUGCAUGCUCAGACUCCCGAGUAUGUCCCUCGCAUGUGUUGGAUUUCCAACCUGGUGAGGCCUUCGUAGUUCGUAACAUUGCCAGCAUGGUGCCACAAUUUGACAAGACAAGAUAUUCUGGAGCUGGUGCAGCCAUCGAAUAUGCAGUUUUGCACCUUAAGGUGGAGAACAUUGUUGUGAUCGGACACAGUGCUUGUGGUGGAAUCAAGGGGCUUAUGUCUUUCCCAGAUGAAGGACCAACCACAACUGACUUCAUUGAAGAUUGGGUUAAAAUCUGUUUGCCUGCCAAGCGCAAGGUGAUAGCUGAGUCUAACGGUGCGGCUUUCCCUGAUCAAUGUACCACCUGUGAAAAGGAAGCUGUGAAUGUAUCUCUUGGAAACUUGUUGACAUACCCCUUUGUAAGAGAUGGUUUGGUGAAGAAGACUCUUUCCUUGAAGGGAGGUUACUAUGAUUUCGUCAAUGGAUCAUUUGAACUAUGGGGACUCGACUUCGGCCUUUCGCCUUCUCAAUCUGUCAAAGAUGUGGCCUCAAUACUACAUUGGAAGCUCUAUUAGCAUUCAUAGAGAUGGAUUUGCAGCAAAGAAGGGCAAUGCUUAUCUUUCUACGUACCUUAGCUUGUUGAAAUUUCAUUACUAUUCUCGUUUUUUGGCGGUUUCAACUAGCUAAAAACCUACGCAGGACGUACGAUCGUUCAUGUAUAUGAUAACGUUCCCAAAAAGAUGAUGAAAUUUCCAAUUUUGGCAUGUCCCAAUAAUAUCCACUUCUUUUUACA